AUGGAUCAAGGGCUCUACGAGAUGAUACAAGAAAUAACUUGUACAUCGUCCCUACAUGGAAAUCACUAUAUGUACUCACUAACAGCUUUAAAUGUGAUGUUGGCCAUCACAGCAUCUCUUGGAAACGCCCUGAUCCUUGUUGCCCUUCGAAAGGAUUCCUCGCUUCAUCCGCCAUCAAAACUCAUGUUUCGAUGCUUAACAGUUUCGGAUCUCUGUGUUGGUCUUUUCUCCCAACCAUUUUAUGUCAUUCAGCUUAUGUCGAUAACAAACAAGCAAGAAAAACUUUGCUACACCAUGGUAAGCAUCAACGCAUUCACCAGUCAGUUUUUUUGCGGAGUGUCGUUGUUUACAUUAACUGCAAUAAGUGUAGAUAGACUUGUUGCACUGCGUUUAGGAUUAAGGUUCACCCAAGUCUGGCAAGUGAUAACCUUGAGGAGAACACGAGUGAUCAUGAUCAUGAUUUGGAUUCUAAACAUUUCUGUGCUCUGUUUAAAACGAUUUUGGAUGCCUGAUUUAAUCUCUAGGGUGAUUUAUGCAUUGAUUUACAUUUCUCUGGCUAUGGCAGCUUUGUCUUACUUCAAGAUCUAUGUAACGCUUCGUCGUCAUCGCGUUCAACUGCGAGCUGUUGCUCAGCAAGGCAAACCAAACAGAGGAGGAAUGAGUCCUCUGAACAUAAAACGAUACAGAAAGACGGUGUCCGUGGGACUGUGUGUACAGUUAGUGUUAAUAGCUUGUUACCUUCCUUAUGCCAUAGCUGUUGCUGUGGCGCAUGCCAGAGGCUAUUCGCCAUCCUAUAACCUUGCUGUGAGAAUAACAAUCUCUCUCGUAUUGUUAAACUCAUCUCUGAACCCGAUUCUCUACUGCUGGAGGGUCAGAGGUGUACGAAAGGCAGUGAAGGACACAAUCAAACAGUGGUUUAAGUGCUCUAGGUAG